AUGAUAAAAUCAUCUGAUUUUCUUAAUUGUUUUACAGCUACUGGUAAAAGACAUGCUUGCGAUGAUGACUGUGGAGGUAAUGCAAACCACGGCAUUGGAUUGGGCGGUGGAGUUGGUGGCGGAGUUGGUGGCAAAAUUGGUGGAUCCUUCAGUAGCAAAUUCAAAUCCAGCUUCAGUUCAUCGAGUGGUGGAUCAGCAAACAUUGGUAUAGGCAGCGGAGCAGGCUUAGGUGUAGGCGGUGGAGUUGGAUUAAGCACUGACAGUGGCUUAAACUCGAUUUCAAGCUCAGGUGUAAGCGGAGGAAUUGGAUUCGGCUCUGGCGGUGGCUCAUCAAGCUCGAUGUCAAGCUCACAUGUAGGUGGUGGAGUUGGAUUCAGCUCUGGCGGUGGUUCAUCACACUCGAUGUCUAGUUCAGGUGUCAGUGGUGGAAUUGGAAUCGGCUCUGGCGGUGGGUUAUCAAACUCGAUAUCUAGCGGAAUUGGUAUAAAAAUGAAGAGUGGAUUUUCUCAAGGUGGUAGUGUUGGACUUAAAGGACGCGUUGGAAUGGGAACUGGAUUUGGUGGCGGAAUUGGAAGUAGUGGUAGUAUAGGUGUAGGCGGUGCAGGUGGUAUUUCUGGUGCUAGUGUAGGUACAUCAACUGGUGGUAUAUCAAAAGUCAGUGUUGGUAGCAGUGGCUCAUUUGGAGGAAAUAUCGGUGGAGGCAUUGGUAUGAAAGUCAAUGCUGGCCAUUCAGGUGUAAACAGAGUGGGGAUGAGUGGCAGUAGUGGUAUAGGUGGAGGAACAUCUGGCUCAGUUAGUGGAAACUUAGCUGGAAGUAUCUCUAGAUCUGGUAGUGAUAACGAUCAAAAUGGUUCAGUUGGUGGUAAUGGUAACGAUGAUGAUAAUGGAAAUGGUGGUGAAACAAUAAUGGCUAUUUCUGGCGGCAAUAAUGGUGAAACAAGAUUGGGAAUUUCUGGUGGAAGUGGUGGUGAAACAAGAAUAGGAAUAUCUGGAGGAAGUGGUGGUCAAACAAAAAUUGGCAUUUCUGGUUCUAGUUCUGGUGCAGAUAACAAUAACAGGGCUGUAGGUGUUAAUGUUAAAUCCUCACAGACAAGCAGUGGUACGAGUGGCGUAAGUGGAAUAAGAAUGCGUAUACAAACUGGAGGUUCUGGUGGAAGCAAUGGUGCCGCUGAUGCGGGUGUGUCUGGUAACGGAGGUGCUCAGAUUGACAGCAGUGUUGGUGGUUCUGGUGGAAUCGACGGGGCCGCUGGUAAUGGAGGUACGCAGAUUGGUGGCAGUGUCGGUGGUUCUUCUGGUAUUUUAUCAAGUUUGUCACAUUCUGGUUCUGCUGGUGCCAGUCAAGGAGGAUUACAGGCUACACAUGAUUCUGGUAUGUCUGGUAACAUCGGCGGUGGAGUAGGUGGAAGUGUAACUGGUGCUGGAUCCACUGGGUUAGGUAGUAGUUCCAGUAAAUCUGCGUCUAUCAGAGGGCGGGUUGGAGAAGAUAUUGGGAUUAAGAUAAAAUCUGGUGUUUCUGGAGGAAACAUGGGUAUGGCUGGUGGUAGCGUCCAAGGUGGUGGUACUUCGGCAUUUUCUAGUUCUAGCAGUUUAGAUGGUGGUAGUUCAUUUGGGUCGAGUUUAGCACAGUCUGGCGGUACAGGGUCUGGCAUUAACGUUAAAACAGGCAUUUCCUCGAGUGGAGGUGUCCCAUCUUCUGGAGGAGCUGUGAUGGGUGGUGGAUCAAAUGCACAUAGUAGCGCUUUUGCAACAGGUUCCAGUUCGUCAAAGUCAAAUGCAAAGUCAAGCUCAAGUUCUAAUAGCAGUGGCUCAAGUUUUAGUUCCAGUUUUAGCAGCAGUAUUGGUGGUAGUGGAUCAGGUGGGGCAAAGGCAGGAGGUGGAGGAAAAUGGGGUGGAAGUUCUGGGAAAUGGAAUGGAAAAUAUAAAGACAAUGCGUAA